CCCCAUACAGUAGCCUCGAAAGUCCGAGACACUUGGUGGAGUUGAACGGUGCGCCGAGAGUGUCAGUCGAAGGCGCGAGAUCGAUUGAGUGACAUCGAACAGUUCCGCGAAAAAAAAAUCGAACGAUCGAACAAAUCGAGGAGCAUUUUCCAUUGAAUUUUCUCAAGUUUCCAAGUGCCCGUAUUCUUCAAAAUUCGACAACUUAUCGCGGACAUCCCCGACACCCAGACCCUUAACCAGGGGUACAUAAUCCAGUGGAACGAAGUACGAGAGUUGGUUGUUCACCACUUGCCACCACUGGUGGUCCAUUGACCCGUCUUCAAUUUUCGUUUGUGAUCGUUCCGAGAUUUUCACCGGUAAAGUGUCAUGGAGGGAGUGGUAAGAUACCGGUGACUCUAGUUGUCUUUGGAUUAGGAAAAAAUUUUGAUCUCUCGGAUUCGCGGGGGAAUUGGAAAUUAAAAUUUUCCAGUUUCUGGAAGUUUUCAGAUCUUUGCAUCGAAAGCCAAUAGAAAAAUCAAGAUGAGAUUCAGUGUCACUAUCGUCGAUGACUUCCUGAAUCGGGCCUUCUUCAAGGUCGGUCUCUUCGUCGGCCGACACCCUGGAUAUUUCGUUAUAGUCCCACUACUAUUAGCGUGCAUAUGCAUCACUGGUUACCAAAGAAUAAACUAUGAAAUUGAUCCUGAGUAUCUGUUUUCACCCGUCAAUGGACCCGCCAAAUACGAACGAGCUGUUGUUGAACAGCACUUCAGGGUCAACUACAGUCAUGACUUCGACGUCACAAGAAUCACAAGAGCAGGACGAUUUGGUCACGUAAUCGUAGUAUCCAAUGACGGAAAUGAAAAUAUGUUGCGUGGAGAAGUGUGGAAAGAGCUGCGUCUUCUUGACGAGAUAAUAAGAAAUGCAACGGCUGUAUACAACGGGGAGAGCUUCACAUACGAACAAGUAUGUGCUCGAUACAAGGACGAAUGCUCCAGCAACAACAUCCUCAAUCUGGACCAGAUCAUGGAGGAUGUGGAGACUGGUCAAUUGAAUCUAACGUUUCCAGUGAUGUUCAAUCCAGUCACUUGGGACUCACACAUAUUUCCACUUUACUUUGGAGGAACAAUUGUCAAUCAGGAGGACUCUACCAUAGUGUCGGUGCCCUCUGUCCAGCUGGGGUACUUUGUGGCGGUUGAUAAUAAACGGCAAGAUGCUGUGGGCGGGGCCUGGGAGGAAGCCUUCCUCAAUACCCUAGGCGCCGCUGAGGACAACAAAGUCUUCAAGCACAUCAGCGUCGCUCGAUUUGCCUCGAAAACUCUAGAACUCGAGCUGGAAGCCAACACCAAGACAGUCGUGCCGUAUUUUGCGAGCACAUUCGCAAUGAUGGGAAUUUUCUCCGUGGUCACGUGCAUGAUGACCGACUGGGUGAGAAGUAAACCCUGGCUGGGGCUUCUGGGGAAUGUCUCAGCAGCAUUGGCGACAGUCUCGGCAUUUGGCCUUUGCAUGUACAUCGGAAUUGAUUUUAUCGGAAUUAAUCUGGCAGCGCCCUUCCUCAUGAUCGGGAUUGGAAUUGAUGACACUUUCGUAAUGCUCGCCGCCUGGCGAAGGACCAACAUAUUGGAGCCAGUGCCCGAGAGAAUGGCCAAGACAUUGAGCGAGGCUGCUGUCUCAAUCACAAUCACCUCCCUCACAGACAUGAUUUCGUUCUUUAUCGGCAUUAUGUCGCCUUUCCCUUCUGUUCAGAUUUUCUGCAUUUAUUCAGGUUUCGCAGUUGUCUUCACUUUCCUCUUCCACCUGACCUUCUUCACCGGGUGUGUUGCCAUCAGCGGCUAUUGCGAGCAGCAAAAUCGGCACAGCAUUGUCUGCUGUAAGGUUCAACCGCUUUCCAAGUCAGGCCAUAGAUCGUGGCUGUAUCGGGUCCUGUGCAGUGGAGGGGUGAACCGAGAAGAUCCUGCCAACCCCAUCGACAACCCAGAGCACGGAUGCAUGACUUGGUUCCGCGAUUACCUAGCAGCAGCCCUGAACUGUCGUCCCAUCAAGGCUCUCAUCCUCAUCAUAUUCGCGGUCUACCUCGCCGGAGCUGUGUACGGGGUGACACAGCUGAAGGAAGGGCUUGAUAGACGAAAGUUAUCUAAGGAAGACUCCUAUUCCAUCACCUUCUAUGAUCGAGAAGACCUUUACUUCCGGGAGUUCCCGUACAGGAUCCAGGUAAUCGUCUCCGGGCAGUACGAUUACAGCGAUCCAGUCAUUCAGAACCAACUUGAGAAUCUAACUCGAACGUUGGAGGCAACCAAAUGGAUCGGCGAGCCACUCUAUGGGGACAACUGGUUGCGAAGUUUCCGCGCCUACAUGUCAUCAAACCAGGAGGAGCUCAACGUGACGCUGGACACAGAGCAGGAUUUCAUCAGGGCUCUGAAGACAUACUGGCCGACGUCCAUGCCAGACGUUCACUUGGACAAAUCGGAGGAGCACAUAAUGGCCAGCAGAUUUCUGAUCCAAGCCGUGAACAUCAGUGGAACGAACCAGGAGAAGGAUAUGGUCCGCGAGCUGCGAGAUAUCUGCACAAAGUCUCCCUUGAACGCCAGUGUCUUCCACCCUUAUUUCGUCUUCUUCGAUCAGUUCGAACUUGUCCUACCGACGAGUAUCCAGUGCAUGAUCUUCGGUGCGCUCAUAAUGAUGAUAAUUUCCUUCAUCUUCAUACCGAACAUUCUCUGUUGUCUCUGGGUGGCCUUCUGCAUUGUCUCCAUCGAGAUAGGGGUGGCUGGUUACAUGGCCCUCUGGGACGUCAAUCUCGACAGCAUCUCUAUGAUCAACCUGAUAAUGUGCAUAGGCUUCAGUGUUGACUUUACAGCACACAUCUGCUACGCCUACAUGUCCUCCAAGGAGAAGCGUCCGGAUGACAGGGUCAGAGAGUGCCUCUAUAGUCUAGGAUUACCGAUAAUCCAGGGUGCUGCUUCAACGAUCCUAGGGCUUCUAGCUCUGAUCCUCGCUGGAACGUAUAUCUUCAUGGUUUUCUUCAAGAUGGUCUUCCUGGUGAUUUUCCUCGGAGCUCUUCACGGUCUCUUACUGCUGCCUGUCCUCCUGUCGAUCUUUGGCCCGGGUUCGUGCACCAAUCACGACAAGGUUGAAGAGAAGGAGGCGAGGAUGAGAGCCAUGCAGCCGUUGGACGUCUCCAAGCUGCCGAUCCCCUAUGUCAUUCCCCAUCCGACGUUAUUUUACCACCAGAAUGGGGGAAAGAUGUUGCAGGGGAGCCCCACGACUAGCCUGAAGAACUUUGAAGAGAGGGACCCCGGCCUGGGGACCAGCGAGGACAGUAAUUCAACAGAGAGUGGGUCCUCGAAGAGCAGGAGACGACAGAGGGACGAGGAGCAGGCCCAGAGACAUUACGAGGGGUGGAGGAGAUCUGUGGGAAUGCUUCAGAGUCUUUCGCAGUUCCAGGUCGGUCCGGCACCGCUACCAGAUUACCCUGGUGCGGGAGAGGGACACAGGGGGGCCAGGGGAUCUCCUGGUGGGCAGGGGCAUUUACAUGGGGACAGGGGCAGACGCAGUAGGUCACAUCAUAAUCUUGAUUAUUCGUUCGGGAGGUAUAUCGGGGACCCUAGAUAUCCUUGAGGGGAGACCCUGGAGAUCCGGGUGGAAAUUAAUUCUUUGGUUCUGGGCAGUUUUUUAGUUGAAAAAAGGAAUUUUUAACGCGGAAAAUUUUUUUAGAUCACAAUUUUUUCGAUGAGAUGAUUUUAAAUGAAAAAUAUUGAACGCAAAUUUCUUUAUUUCAAGGAAUAAUUUUUUUAGUUGUCUAUCUUUCAUUAUAGUUAAUUUUGUUCAAAACAAAAAAAUGUGAUGAUUAUUUUUCAUAAAACUGUCUUAUGCAGACAUUUGGUGAAAAAAUAAUUGUGAGAAAACCUAAAGACGCUCUCAGAAAGUUGUAGAAGAACCGACAAAAGUAUUUUCAACAUUUCCAGAGGAGUUGGUGCCUUACAAGCCAAAUUAGACGAUUUUUGUAUCGAUUUAGAUGUAAAAUUAAAGCCUAGAUUAAGAGUAUUUUGUUGGAAAAACGGAGUAUCAAUCAUCUUUCACCAGACCGACCAUACAUAAGUUUGUUAUCAAUUAAUAAAUGACUGAUUUGUUAAUUAAUUAUUUACCUUGACUCGAGCGAUGAUUUCUAGCGGUGCAAUUGUCACUGACAAUGGAUGAAUGGCAAUGAUUCGUGCUUGACCAAAGCCCUUUGUUAUCGAUGCUCAAUAAUAAUCAAAACCGACACCACUAGAGAUACUUGCGUGAUUCGCACACAAUCCCCUGCAUUUUUCGUCACCACACAAUUGAAAAAAUAAUUUAAUAAUUGAAAAAUCGCCACGAGAUCGUCGACAAUAAUUUUCAAAUUUUUUGGCAAACGUAAAUGCCAAUACCAAUGAAUUUUGUAUGUGAAUUAUCAAUUAUCAGUAGUAUUAAUUGAUUGAACUGUACCCUACAGAUUUCUUCGACGAAAUCAUUAUGAUUUUUCAGUAGCAAGAGUGAUUUUAUUUUGUAUUUAUGAAUGUGAGUGUGAUAUCCGCUGUACACAUGAGCGGUUAUGUGCUGCCAUUGAUAAUUCAUAAAAAAAUAUAUUUUAAUUAUGAUUCUUCAUAAA